CAGCACUUUGUCUCUACACUGCUGGUUUCAAAAGGAUUCUCUUUUAAAGAAGUGAAGAAACAAAGAAAGAAUACAAGAUCAAAAGAGCUUAAUCAAGAAAGAUAUGUUUGGCAAUUGUGACCAAAAGAAGAAGAUGCCUAUCAUCCAGUCUCCCAAUACAAAUCCACCGGCAAGUAUGCAGAGCAAGAACAUGAUCGUUUCUCCGUCUCAUCAGCAGCAACCGCCUCAACCGCAACUUAAAUGCCCUCGUUGCGAUUCAUCGAACACAAAGUUCUGUUACUACAACAACUACAGCCUCUCUCAGCCGCGGCACUUUUGCAAGGCUUGCAAGAGGUAUUGGACACGAGGUGGGACCCUCCGUAACGUUCCCGUAGGCGGUAGCUACCGGAAGAACAAACGUGUGAAAAGGCCAGCAACCGCAACCGCGGCUUCCACGGCCUCGACGACUACUUCUUCAUCCCCUAAUAAUCCUCAUCAUCAGAUCUCCCAUUUCCCUUCCAUGAAUCAUCAUCCCUUGUUCUAUGGUUUAUCAGAUCAUGUGAGCAGUUGUAAUAGUCUUCCAAUGUUUCCAAGCCGUUUCAGUGAUCCUCCAAAGACUUCAAGUGGUUUAGAGGGUGAGUUUCUCUCAUCUGGUUUUAAUGGUCUUGGAUUAGGGCUUCAAAAUCAUAUGAGUCACGACCAAACCAUUAAUGGUAGCUUCAUCAACAACUCUACAACAAACAAACCAUUUCUUCCCUCGAGUCUAUUUGGGUCUUCGGUAUCUUCCUCUUCAUCUACUCUUCUCCAGCAUGCACACAAGCCCAUGAACAAUAAUGGUGAGAUGAUGGGACAGUCCCAUCUCCAAACCCUAGCAUCACUUCAAGAUCUGCAUGUUGGAGGUGACAAUGAAGAUGUGAACAAAGAAGGGAAGCUUGGUGAGAUCUCCGGGGACAUGAAUGGGUUCAUGUCAUCAUCAUCCUUAGAUCCUUCAAACUACCACAACAACUGGAAUAAUGCAAGUGUUUCCAGUGGAGCAUGGCUUGAUCCAACAAAUAAUAUCGUUGGAUCCUCCCUUACGUCCUUGAUAUAAACCAAAACUUAUUGGUUAUAACUAGCUAGGGUUUCAUCUUCAUCACUUUUUCUUUUGUGUUUUGAGAUGAGAGAAGAAGCUUGGAUCAGAGAGAUAAAAUCAGGGGCAAUGUUGUUCUUGGCCACUAUAAAUCUCCCUCGGAUCCUCUUCAUCUCACCAUCUCCAUCAUUUUCAUUCGCGUUGUUCAAGAAAAACAAAAGGGGCUCAAGAUUGGUUCAAGGUUUACUAUGGUUGACUGUUAAGUUCACCCAAGGUAAAUUAUUCUUGUAUGAUAAUAUGGUCCUGACUUCCAUCAUCUUUUCUUUUCAUCUAUGUAAUUCUGAGGUCCACGACAUGGGGGUUGGUGUUUCUUUUCACUGGGGUUAGGAGGGUAUAUUUGGGUUAAUUUGAGUUUCUCAUGGGGCCGGAGAACUCAAUAGUUUUCAAGUUUUAGAUUUUUGUGUUUCACAUUUUUGUGUUUCACAUUUUUUAGUUGGUAUGGCUUUUAUUGGGUAUACAAGCAGAGGGAGGAAUGGUGGUGUUUUGUGUUGCUAUAAUUUUGGUUAUUCACGUAUGAGUUAUGUUAUUACGGUU